GCCGUCCCUCUCAAACUUUGAAAACUGCUGCUUGUCCUUUCCUGCUUUACGACCUCGCUUACGCAAUUCCCAUUCGCUUACGCAAUCCCCUUUCCCUUUCCCUUUCCCCGGCCUCGCAGCCACUUUGCACUUGCCACACAAUUUCCUCUCCUUUCCUUUUCCUUUCUUUCCAUGUAAUUUCCUCUCUAUUUAUUAUAGGCCACCGCUUCUCCUCCACUAGUCCUCCUCACAUCUCUCUCUCUCUCUCUCUCUCUCUCUCUCUCUCUAAUCUUGCUCAGUGCCUUGCCUUGCCUUGUGCCUCAUCAGUAGCUCAGCAUUGUGGAAAUACAUAAGAUAAUAUAAUGGGUGGAUGCUUGUCUACAGUCAUCGUCAGGAGGACUAGUUCAAGCGGAAGAGAUGAUGAUGAUUCGUCGUCCACUGCCAAAGUAAUCUACAUGAACGCAUGUGUCCGCGAAUACCCGGUUCCCCUUAAUGUCUCCAAAGUCCUUGAGGCCGAUCAAUCGUCGUCUUCGUCUUCAUCUUUGUUUAUAUGUCAUUCCGACAGUUUGUAUUACGACAGUUACAUUCCGGCUUUAGAUUCCGAAGAUGAGCUGGAGGCCAAUCAGAUCUACUUCGUACUCCCCAGAUCCAAGCUUCAACACCGCCUCAGUGCCACCGAUAUGGCGGCCCUCGCAGUCAGAGCCAGCCUCGCCCUCCAGAAAAUUAAUACCAAUGCUUCUUCUUCUUCUUCCUCCUCCAAGAAUGAAAAGGGAAACAAAAAGGAAAAUAAGGGAAGCGGAUACCGUAAUUACAACAAGGCCCGCAUUUCUCCGGUGAUUGAGAUGAAUAAUAAUAAAUAUGCAAACUUGUCGGUCGAGGGCGACGGUGGUGAUUUGAGCAUGAAUGGAUUAACGAUUGGAGGUGGAGGGUCAUUAGCGUACAAAGGCCAGAAGAUGAUGAGUAGUAGCGGCCGCGGCGGUGGGUCAUCGUCGGUUAGGAAAUUGCGGAGAUAUACAUCGAGAAAGGCAAAGUUGGCCACUCGUUCUUUUAGGCUCAGAUUGUCAACCAUUCACGAAGGCUCCGUCCUCUGAUCAAUUCCCUAUGAUUCAGUUUCACCCUCGCUAAUUACUUUUGGUUUAGUAAAUUUAUAACCAUAUAUUGUACAUUGAAAAAUGCACUUUUACCACUUUUACCACGUGUACAAGUCAUCUAUUUCAGUUAUUGAUAAAUUAAGAUCGAGAAUAUUACAAUCUCAUACAAUAUUUUUAAAACAUUUCAUUAAUCAUACAUUUAUUUUUAUUUCA